AUGAGAAUUUUUUUAAAACACAAAAACCCUAGCCAUUUUCUCACAUCAGCCAUCCAGCCGCCGCCUCCUCACAAACACACCACCGGAGACGGUCAGAAGAGAUGUGUCAGAGAGAGAGAAGCACCAAAUGAGGGCACAGGCGACACAUUUACGCUGAACGGCGCUGUUUCUAAGGCCCCGUCGCUGCCAGGGUCGGUUGCGCCACGGCCUGGGUUGAAGACAGUUCAGCAACACAGAUUUGAUUUGAUACUUAGGAUGCAAAGGUAUCAUGCUGGCAGCUGCGCUAGUGCAGUUAAUAACACUGCAAUUGGUGGGUCAUCCACUAGGGACAUUGCAAGAACCGAUUCGUCUUCCUUGCCAGCUAACUUUCCUGUGAGUUCAAGGUGCUUCAUAUUCCAAAUGAUUGUGGUUGUGAUACACCUUCUGUUGCUUCAAUCCCUGGUAGCUAGCUGUCAGAGACGACGAUAUGAGAAGCGACAACAACUAUUAACCCCAUACAAGUUGAAGUGUGAUAAAGAACCUCUGAACUCUAGGCUUGGUCCCCCAGAUUUCCACCCCCAAACACCAAAUUGCCCUGAAGAGACUCUGACCAGAGAAUAUUUGCAAUCUGGAUACAGGGACACAGUUGAAGGGCUUGAGGAAUCUAGAGAAAUUUCUCUGACCCAGGUUCCAAAUUUUAACAAGGCAGUUGUCCUUAGCUGCAAAGAGGCCAUUAGAAAACGUCUAAGGGCAAUCAAUGAAUCUCGUGUUCAGAAGCGGAAGGCUGGUCAAGUAUAUGGAGUGGCUCUUUCAGGGUCACAACUUGCUAAGCCCGGUGUUUUCCCUGAACAAAGGCCAUGCCCUGAAGACUUCCGGAAGAAAUGGAUUGAGGGCUUAUCUCAACAGCACAAGAGAUUACGUUCUUUAGCGGAGCUUGUUCCUCUUGUUAGAAGGAAAUCACUUUUAGAGGUUCUUAUUAGGAAUAAUGUUCCAUUGUUGAGGGCUACCUGGUUUAUAAAGGUUACUUACCUUAAUCUGGUUCGGCCAUGUUCUGCUAGUAUUCCUUCUGGGACUGGUGACAAAACUCAGCUUUCUUGUUCUGAACUUUGGACUAAAGAUGUUGUCGAAUACUUGCAAACACUUCUUGAUGAGUUUUUCUCAAAAAAUACUUCUCAUUCUACUCCUCAUAAUCGAGACCGAUCACCCAAAGUACCUUAUACUGCAUCACUUCAGCACAGAAGUGAUCAGUUAUUAUCUGUUUCUGAUGGUGAAGAACCAUCUUUACAUUUUAGAUGGUGGUAUAUUGUUCGCCUUUUGCAAUGGCAUCAUGCCGAAGGGCUUCUUCUUCCAUCUGUCAUCAUUGACUGGGUUUUGCGCCAAUUACAGGAAAAACAAUUGCUUGAGAUUUGGCAGCUGCUAUUGCCUAUUGUGUAUGGCUUUUUAGAAAUUGUGGUCCUAUCCCAAACAUAUGUUUGCACUCUUGCUGGUAUAGCUCUUCAUGUUAUUCGUGAUCCUGCUCCUGGUGGAUCAGAUCUAGUAGACAAUUCCCGGAGAGCAUAUACAAUGACUGCUCUGAUUGAGAUGCUCCGCUUUUUAAUCCUUGCAGCUCCAGAAACUUUUGUUGCUUUGGAUUGCUUUCCUUUGCCAUCCUCUGUAGUUUCUUACACAAUAAAUGAUGGAAAUUUUGUAUUAAAGGCAAACGAAGCUGCAGGAAAGAUAAAAAAUAGUCCAGAAGAUGUUUGUUUAUUUAAAAGUAAAGGAUUUGAUAUACAAUACCAAUCAUUGGCAUUUGAUAAUGUUAUUUCAUGCAUUCAAGAACACGUAGAAGAUCUCACAAAGGCUGUAAGCCCAGGCUAUCCAGGUCAAUAUCUGGCUAAAGCUGCACAAGCCUUGGAUAGAUCCCUUGUAUUAGGUGAUCUUCAUGGAGCAUACAAAUUUCUUUUUGAAGAUCUUUGCAAUAAAACUGUAUCUGAAGUUUGGAUUGCAAAAGUCAGCCAUUGCUUAAGGUUAUCUCUGAAGUGGUUUCGGACCGUAAAUACAUCACUUAUUUAUUCAGUGUUUUUCCUUUGUGAAUGGGCUACAUGUGAUUUUAGGGAUUUUCGGACUGCUCCUCCCUGUGACAUAAAGUUCACGGGUGGGAAAGAUCUUUCCCAAUUGCAUAUUGCAAUUAGGCUUUUAAAGAUGAAACUGAGGGAUAUGCAGAUUUCUCCAAGCCAAAGGAGUGGAAACACUUGUGCUCGUGGAGGCAGUUAUUUAGCAAAAUGUUCAGGCCAGCAGAGUAAUAAGAAUUUUUUUAUCAAUGCAUCCAAAACCAAAUCUAGUUCAAGAAGUAUGGAUCAGAAUAUCUGUUCUUCAGCUAUAUUUGAAAGCCCAGGUCCCCUACAUGAUAUUAUUGUUUGUUGGAUUGAUCAGCAUAUGGUGCAUAAAGGGGAAGGUCUCAAACGUCUACAUCUACUUAUAGUGGAACUCAUACGGGCAGGAAUCUUUUAUCCACUGGCAUAUGUACGCCAGCUGAUAGUGAGUGGGAUCAUGGAUAUUAAUUUGGUUGACUUGGAGAGACAGAAGAGACAUUGCCGAAUCUUGAAACAACUUCCUGAGAAGUUUGUGCGUGAUGCUUUGGUAGAAUCAGGGAUUAGUGAUGGGCCACGGCUCACUGAAGCAUUGCAAAUUUACUUGAAUGAACGCCGCCUCGUACUACAUUGUUCCUUAUGGGAGAACCAUGGCAGUGCCAGCAAUGUCGAUAUAUCUUCUCUUAAGCAAAAACAGUGCACAUCUUCAACAAAAGACAGAGCUUCUACAAUGUCAAUUGAUCAAUGGAAAAGUGUUCGAUCUAAUAAAAUAUCCUCUAAAAAUCCCAAGGAUGACAAUGGUGUUGAAGAACUGAAGACAUUCAUCUCAGCCCUGUUACAACUACCAAAGAGUUUAUCUAAUUUGAGCACUACCGUAUUGGAUGAAUCUCAAGGCAGUGUCAGGAAACCUUUUGGUUCGCACAGCAAGAUUGAUCUAAUGGAGGCUACACCUGGUUGUGAAGAAUGUAGAAGAGCAAAGAGACAAAAAUUGACUGAGGAAAGAAGCUCGUUUGUUCAAGCUCCUUCUCCUGUGCUGUCUGAUGACGAAGAUACAUGGUGGAUGAAGAAGGGUCUAAAAUCCCCAGAGCCUCUCAAAGUUGAUCAACCACUGAAGCCUAUCAAGCAGGUUACUAAGACUCGACAGAAGUCUGUCCGUAAAACCCAGAGUCUUGCUCAACUGGCAGCUUCUAGAAUUGAGGGUAGCCAAGGGGCAUCAACAAGUCAUAUGUGUGACAAUAAGGUUAACUGCCCUCACCAUAGAACUGCUACAAAUGGAGAUACAGCAAGAUCUGUUGAUGGAAUUCGAUCAGGUCACUGUGAAGAUAUUGUUUCAAUUGGAAAGGCUAUAAAACAGCUGCGCUUUGUUGAAAGAAAGGAAAUAACACUUUGGUUGAUGACUGUAAUUAGGCAGCUUAUUGAAGAGUCUGAAAAAGUUGUUGGUAAAGUUAGCCAGUUUGGCAGGUCUUUUGCCAGUGUGGAUGAUAAAAGCUCAAACCGGUGGAAACUUGGUGAGGAUGAACUUUCUGCUUUACUUUAUCUGAUGGAUGUGUCAGACGAUUUAGUAUCAGCUGUAAAAUUCCUCUUAUGGUUGCUGCCAAAGGUUUAUAGUAGCCCUAAUUCUACAAUUCAUAGUGGAAGGAAUGUUUUAAUGCUGCCAAGGAAUGUGGAGAACCAAGCUUGUGAUGUUAGUGAGGGUUUUCUGUUAUCAUCUAUAAGAAGGUAUGAGAACAUUCUUGCUGCAGCAGAUCUUAUUCCUGAAGCUCUUUCGUCAAUAAUGCAUCGUGCUGCAGCUAUUUUGGCAUCUAAUGGAAGGGUUUCAGGUUCGAGUGCCCUAGCUUUUGCUUGUCAUUUAUUAAAAAAAUAUGGUAAUCUGGUGAGUGUCAGUGAGUGGUUGAAAAAUUUUAAGAGUACAUGUGAUAAGAGACUUGCUUCUGAAGUAGAGUCUGGACGGUCAGUUGAUGGAGAGUUAGGGCUUCCACUUGGUGUUCCUUCUGGAGUUGAGGACCCUGAUGACUUUUUCCGUCAGAAGAUAACUGGUGGCCGGUUACCAUCCAGAGUAGGUUCAGGCAUGAGAGAAGUUGUACAGCGAAAUGUGGAAGAAGCAUUUCACUAUCUUUUUGGGAAAGACAGGAAGCUAUUUGCUGCUGGUACACCAAAAGGUCCUACUUUUGAAAAAUGGGAUAAUGGGUAUCACAUUGCUCAGCAAAUAGUUGUGGGUCUGAUAGAUUGCAUCCGGCAGACUGGUGGUGCUGCUCAAGAAGGGGAUCCAUCUCUGGUUACUUCUGCUGUUGCUGCCAUAGUUGGCAGUGUUGGUCCAACUUUGGCAAAAUUGCCUGAUUUUUCAGCUGGCAGUAACCAUUCAAAUAUAUCAUUGGCUACAAGUUCUUUGAACUAUGCUAAAUGCAUUUUACGAAUGCAUAUAACUUGUUUGUGCUUGCUUAAGGAAGCCUUGGGAGAACGCCAAAGCCGUGUGUUUGAGAUUGCUCUUGCCAUGGAAGCCUCUACAGCUCUUGCAGGAGCUUUUGCUCCAAGUAAAGUAUCUCGAGCUCAGUUUCAAAUGUCACCUGAAACCCAGGAUACUGGUACUAUGUCGAGUGAUGUUGUGAACAACACUAGUAAAAUUGUGGUUGCAAGAACAACAAAAAUAAGUGCUGCCGUUUCUGCACUUGUUGUUGGUGCAAUUAUAUAUGGUGUUACGAGCCUGGAAAGAAUAGUUACCAUUCUCAGAUUAAAGGAGGGCCUGGAUGUUGUACAAUUUGUAAGAAGCACAAGAUCCAACUCAAAUGGGAAUGUACGUUCAGUUGGGGCUUUUAAGGUGGACAGUUCAGUUGAAGUUCAUGUCCAUUGGUUUAGAUUGCUUGUUGGGAACUGUAGAACCAUCUGUGAAGGCUUAGUUGUGGAUCUCUUGGAUGAACCGUCCAUUGUUGCUCUUUCAAGGAUGCAGCGUAUGCUUCCUCUAACUUUGGUCUUUCCACCUGCCUAUUCAAUAUUUUCUUUUGUUAUGUGGCGACCUUUAGUUAUGAAUGCUAAUGUAGCAGUUCGUGAAGACAUGAAUCAACUUUAUCAGUCUCUAACAAUGGCCAUAAAUGAUGCAAUAAAACAUUUGCCGUUCCGAGAUGUAUGCUUAAGAGAUUGUCAGGGUCUUUAUGAUCUUAUGGCUGCAAAUACAACUGAUGCAGAGUUUGCAACCCUGCUAGAGUUGAAUGGUUCCGAUAUGCAUUCGAAAGCUAUGGCAUUUAUUCCUCUCCGUGCUAGACAUUUUCUAAAUGCCAUGAUUGACUGUAAGAUUCCUCAAUCUAUUUAUACAAAGGAUGAAGGAACCCGGAAUUCUGGACACGGUGAAUCUAAAAUUGAUUUUACUGAUAGUGAAUCUACACUUCAGGAUAAACUUGUGGAUGUGUUAGAUGCUUUGCAGCCUGCCAAGUUUCACUGGCAAUGGGUUGAACUCAGGCUGCUUUUAAAUGAACAAGCCCUCAUUGAGAAAAUGAAGAUGCAUGACAUAUCUUUAGCUGAUGCUAUACAAUUGUCCUCACCUAGUUCAGAGAAGAGUGGUGCUUCUGAGAAUGAGAAUAAUUUUAUUGAAAUAAUUCUGACAAGGUUACUGGUUAGACCUGAUGCUGCACCCCUUUUCUCGGAGGUCGUUCAUCUUUUUGGGAAGUCACUAGAGGAUUCAAUGUUGUUACAGGCUAAAUGGUUCCUUGCAGGUCAAGAUGUCCUCUUUGGUAGAAAGACCAUUAGGCAACGACUGAUAAACAUUGCAGAAACUAAAAGAUUUUCUGUUAAGAGACAAUUUUCAGAACCUUGGGGUUGGUGCACCCCAUAUAAAGAUCAAGUUACUCUCAAGGGGGAUAAAAGGAAAGUUGAUUCUAUGCCUCUUGAAGAAGGAGAAGUUGUUGAAGAGGGAAUGGAUGUGAAAAGGUCCAUAAAAGGGUUCUCCUCAGUCUUUGACUCUGAAAGCUGCACAAGUAAGCCGCAGCAUCAGACUGAGAGGGCUCUUCUUGAGUUAAUUCUUCCUUGCAUAGAUCAAAGCUCUGAUGAAUCUCGUAAUUCCUUCGCAAGUGAUUUGAUCAAACAAUUAAAUUAUAUUGAGCAACAGAUAGCUGUAGUUACUCGAGGACCAACUAAGCCAGUAAGUACUCCUGUAACUGAAGGUCAGACAAACAAAGUAAAUAGCCGCAAAGCUAUAAGAAGUGGCAGUCCUGGGUUAGCCAGACGACCAACACCUGCUCCAGAUUCUUCUCCACUUCCUCCUGCGGCUUUGAGAGCAUCAAUAUCUUUACGUGUGCAGUUUCUCAUGAGAUUUCUUCCUAUUCUUUGCACAGACGGGGAGUCCUCUGUACGGAGUAUGAGAUACACACUUGCAUCUGUACUUCUUCGUCUCCUUGGCAGCCGUGUUGUGCAUGAGGAUGCAACGGUGAAUGCGAUGCACCAUUCUCCAUUGAGAAGGGAGGUGGAGUCACCUGCCGAAGCUGCUUUUGUAGAUUCUUCUGUUGAAUGCCUGUUUGAUCGACUGUUGUUGAUCUUGCAUGGAUUGUUGAGUUGUUCUCUUCCAAGUUGGCUUAGGCCAAAACCUGUUACAAAGAUAACUAAUGAACCUUCAAGGGAAUUUUCUGGAUUUGAUCGUGAGCCGUUGGAGGCAUUACAGAGUCACCUGGAUAACAUGCAACUGCCGGACACUAUCAGGUGGCGUAUCCAAGCUGCAAUGCCUGUGCUUCCUCCCUCUACACGGUGCACUUUCUCAUGCCAACUGCCAACAGUUCCAACUUCUGCUCUUGCAUCUCUUCAACCCAACACUACAAAUUCUGGGUUUAACUCCAGUAGUUCAACUUUCCCUCAGAGGAAUCCGGUUCCAUCAUCAAGGACUACAGCAUCAGGGAAGUCAAAACAGCAGGACAAUGAUUCGGAGACUGACCCUUGGAUGCUUUUAGAAGAUGGUGCUGGAUCUUGCCCGUCUGCAAGUAAUACUAAUAUCAUAGGAAGUGGUGAUCGUGUCAAUAGUCGUGCUUCCAGCUGGCUUAAAGGGGCAGUAAGAGUGCGGCGGACAGAUCUUACAUAUGUUGGAGCUGUGGAUGAGGAUAGUUGA